GACGGUACGGUGACCUUUUGCGUGUCAUUCUUUCUAAUCUUUCUUCUUCCUUCGCGUUGAUCUUCGAUCUCGUGCCGUCGCGCCGUCGUAGAAAUAUUUACAAAAAAGAAAAAAAUCGGUGGAAGGGGAAAGGGACAGCUGCUCGAAGAAGGGAAAAAAAGAAAAAGAAAAAGAAAAAGAAAAAAAAAGAAAAGAAAAAAAACAAACAAAUAACAGCCAAGAUUAUCGCACCGUGAGAUUUAUUUUUCUAACAAUUUAGAAAACUACAUAUGGAGAACAAGCUAAUACUGUGUGCAGUUAUCUUUUUUUGGAAGAACUUCGACCAGUGUAAUAAAAAGAAUAAUUGUGAUUAGCUUGAGUGUUUUAUUUUACUUGCAGAAAGUGAAUUUUUUUUUUUUGUUUUUUUUUUUCUUACAUUACGUCGAACAAAAGGGAGAGAAAGGAAAGAUAAACAAAUAAAAGAUAACACUCGUGUGUUCUCGAUGAUCUACAAGUUCGUGUCCAAUCGUGUGUGUUACGCGUACUUUUGCUGACGGCUCAUGUGGAUAACAAUUAACAAGGUAAGCCAGUUUGGAGAUCCCUUCCACGUUGAAAGAUCAGUCGAGUGGAGGAGCCCGAGGAACGAUAAACACGAAGCGCUUUAGAAAAAAUAAAAAAGGAGUAGCGGUUAUGAAGGUUCGAUGACUACGAGUUUUAGUGACAUCAAUAUGGACUCACGUUAUCUGAGAACCUGGAUCCUACAGAUUUUACUUCUUAUUUUGUCCUGUUCGCCUGGACGAUCUAUAGACAUAUCACAAUGCAUCGCACCCUUAGGAAUGGAGUCCAGGGCGAUCCCAGAUGCCGACAUUACAGCCAGCUCGAGUUUUGAUAGCGGAAACGUUGGACCCCAUCAUGGCCGGCUACGACAAGAAAGUCACGGUGGUGCUUGGUGCCCGAAGCAACAGAUCACAACUGAACCACGUGAAUGGUUGGAAAUCGAUUUACAUACGGUGCAUAUGAUCACGGGUACUGGUACUCAAGGUCGAUUUGGAAAUGGACAAGGCGUUGAAUAUUCGGAAGCGUAUCUUUUGGAAUAUUGGAGGCCUAAACUUGGCAAAUGGGUUCGCUACAGGGAUGUUCGUGGCGAGGAAGUGAUAAAAGGCAACACAAAUACAUACCUGGAGUCGAAACACGAGCUAGAUCCACCAAUGUGGGCGAGCAAAGUACGAUUCCUACCGUAUAGUUAUCAUCGUCGUACAGUUUGCAUGAGAGUCGAGUUGUACGGUUGUCCUUGGAACGACGGUAUCGUUUCAUAUUCGAUGCCUCAAGGAGACAAGCGAAGUAACUGGGAGUUCUUUGAUGCUACUUACGAUGGUUACUGGGACGGUCAGCUACUACGAGGAUUAGGUCAACUAACCGACGGCAAGAUCGGCCCGGAUAAUUUCAAGAUGAGCUACUACGAUUACGAUCGUGGUCAAGGUUGGGUCGGCUGGAGGAAUGAUACUCGUUCGGGUCAUCCGCUUGAGAUCAAAUUUGAAUUCGACCACGUUAGAGAGUUUUCAGCCGUUCACAUUUACUGCAAUAAUCAGUUCACCAAGGAAGUACAAGUGUUCUCCGAAGUGAGCAUCAUGUUCAGCGUGGGUGGCAAGUAUUACACUGGCGAUCCAAUCGUCUAUUCAUAUAUGGAAGAUAAGAUUUUUGAACAAUCGAGAAAUAUCACGAUCAAACUUCAUCAUCGAAUUGGAAAAUUCGUCAAAUUGAGGUUUAGCUUCGCUGCUAAAUGGAUAAUGAUCAGUGAAAUCACUUUUGAUUCCGAUAUCGCGCAUGGUAAUUUUACUCCAGAAGUUCCGCCUACAACCGAAGCUCCACGAAGUCGUGAUCGAAAUUCUGCUCGAGACAAUCCCUUGCAAGCCGAAGUUCCCGUCGCUAAGCAAGAUGAUCCUACAUAUAUGGCCGUGAUCAUAGGAGUUUUAGCAGCAGUCAUUUUGCUUUUAGCAGUUGCCAUUUUUCUCAUAGUGUCGCGUCAUCGACAAAGAAAAAACUUUGCCAGUCCCUUAGGUGCAAAAAGUGCAAUUCCUUCGAGCAACCAUCAGCAUUUAUCACCCGAAUCAGCUUAUGGAACAACAGAGAAGGAUCCUUCUUUGAUGACGUAUAGAGUAGAGGAAUUAGACGAUCGGUAUGCUGGAACGAAAUUAACGACCCUACCACGUGAUCUUAAUGAUCGAUUAUUGGGAGAUGUUAGAUUGGACGAAUAUCAGGAACCCUUCCACGAGAACAAGUAUCGAGAGCCUCCUCAUGCUGCUUAUUACGGAUACAGCACCGUCGUUAUAGACAACAAGGAUCUUCACGACAGCGUUGAACAAUCUGAUGCCACCUACGAUUACGCGGUACCAAUGCCUGUGCCUAGCGUGAGCAGCGAUCAAGAUAGCGUAUUUUCCAAGUCGUCAUCCAGAGGCAGUGCGAAGGCGUGUUUACAGAGCUUUUUUCCACCUCCCCCACCACCGAUGAGUGCUCCACCACCACGCGGCUCGAACAAUCUGACAUAUUCCAAUCCGCCGAGUCCAGAGCCAGUGUGCGAACGCGAACGCAGAGGAAGCAAACGCAGAGAACACUCCCUUCAUAGAUAUGCGUAAAAUCGCACGACACAUGUUCAUCCAUACAUACAUACAUACAUACAUAUACAUAAACAAUGAAGCACACGCGCGCGCAUUCUUCAGGGAUAUACGCAAAACGUGUCGAAGGUUACAGAGGUACGUUAAUUACUAUACUUGAUUAAUUACACUACUCUUUGAUCUUCGUUUAAUUUCAACUUAUUAAACGAUAUUUCUUUUUUAAAUUUCAAGUAUUGGUUCAAGUAAUCUGUAAUAAGGAAAAUACAAAUAUGUGUAUAUACUAUUCUACAUCAGUGACCCGUUGAUCAUUCACACAUUGUUAUAUCAUUUUUAAUCGUCAUAAUUAUAAGUUAAUUAAUAUUGCGUAGUUAUUAUAGAAUGAUGAAUUCUUAUAUGAAUAUAAUUGAAAUGGAGCAAAUUUAACACGUAUAAUAACACGACAAAAGCAAUGAAGAUCAAGCAAUACGUUUUACUCUAUCAAAUGCGUCCUCGCACGAUGAGUCUAUGGGAAACACAUGAAAUCUUAUGUGUUCGCAUGAAAGAUCUAACAAAUUUCAAAUUUAUUUCGUUUUUCUUCGACGUGCACUGCCAUUGACGCACUAUAAACAAUGUAAUCAUAGUUAAGCGUUAAUAUUCGAGAAUAUAGUAUGUGUGUAAAUAUAUAUAUAUAUAUAUAUAUAUAUAUAUAUAUAUAUAUGUAUAUACAUACUAUACAAGUAGUUAGAUAAAACGGGCGUAAUUCUCACGGUUGUAUUACACGAAAUUAGCAUAUCAGAUUUUAAUAAUGAUAAUCGCGAUAAUUACCGAUCCUUAACUCUUCUGGAAAUUCAACGUCGCGACACGUUUCCUUUAUAAAUGGAUUUUGGGGAGAAAAAAAAAAAAAAAAAAGAAAAAAAAUCCAAUGAUUUGUGUAAGAAAAAGAAAGAAAAAGAAAGAAAAAGAGAAAGAGAGUAAGAUAAUAAUAGAUGUGCUCGUAUUAUCGACGGAUCGAACGAGGAACAGCCAAUCAAGAUCGAACGUAAUUCAUUCGAACUACUCGAAUACUUAAGACAUAUCUUUUAUAGAAUGAUAAUACAUACUCGUAUUAUAGUAUUGGUCUGCUUCGAUUUUUUAUAGGAUUACGUCGUUUCUCGUUACUCGUAAAGAUCUCUCUCACUCUCUCUAUCUUUCUCUUUUUCUCUCUCUCUCUCUCUCUCUCUCUCUCUAUCUAUCUAUCUAUCUAUCUAUCUAUCUAUCUAUCUCUCUUGCUCACUGCCAUUGUAUUCCGGAUGUCACACGAUCAUUUUUAUUAUCGUACAAUCCUUACUUUUGUUCCUAAUCCUCUUUCUCCUUUAUCUUAAUAUUAAGAUGAUCGGAAUACGCUUGAUCUUUAACUUCGAACGCUUUAAACGCGUCGUUAAGAGAUACGCGAGAAAGGACAUAGAACAUUUGUAUAUAUUUUACGUAUCUACUUUGUAAGAAGGAAAAUAAUAAUAAAAGAAAAACAAAGGAGAAAGAAUGUUAACGCGUAAUAAAACUAAUCGAGAUAACUGACGGAUUUCCAGAACGAGUAAAGCUAAUGAUUCGCUCUAUUCGGCACGCAUGUGCAACAAGAUCGAGCUCACUAUCGAUUCGAGUCCGACCGAAAGAUAUACACACGCAUAUAUAUAUAUAUACAUAUAUAUACUAUAUUCAUAUAUAUUCAUAUAUGUAUAAUAUGUGUAUAUAUAUGUGUCUACAAUUACACAAAGAAAAGAGAGAAAGAGAGGUAAAAAAAAGUAAUGUCGAGCUUGAUUAAUCGAAUAUUUAUUCGAAAGAACGUCGGCACGAGCGAAGGAUAAUUAAUCGCUCGGUUUAGAGCGCUUUUACGAGCGUUGUGGACCAGAUCGAUCCAUCGAAAAAGCGUCGGGACAAUAUAGCGAGCUUUGAUCUCGAAUCUUAGCUAAGACUGACGUUUGGAUAAAAAUAAUGAAUAUGUAUAUUAUAUUAAAAUAAUGAACUUUAUCCGAUCCUCUUCCCGAUACAAAGGGCUGAGACGCUUGCGCGCGCGCUUCCUUUAUCGUGUUAUAUACAGGAUGUCCUAUAUAAAACGGAACAGUUAAAUAUUAACAUAGACAAGCAUUACAGGACUAAGUUGUACUGUUUGAAAUAUAAUAAUAAUAAUGGACAUUUUACGUGACACCCUGUAUAUACAUACAUACAUACAUAUAUAUAUAUAUAUAUAUAUAUAUAUAUAUAUAUAUAUGUAUUAUAGAUAUUAUGCUGUAUAUUCUUUUGCAAAAUCCUAUAAAUGUAUGUAGUGAUAUUUCCCCAAUUUUGCAAUUCCCUGAAAGACCCUCUUUAUUUAUAUACAUAUGUAUGCCCAUGAGAAGUGAAAAUAUGAAUAUAAGUAUGUGUGUUUAUAUAUAUAUAUAUAUAUAUAUAUAUAUAUAAAGAUUGAAUGAAUGAUUGCAUAUUAUCCAAAACGAACUCUAAACGUACAUAGUACAUAUAUGCAUUAUAUACAUAUAUUAAAGACCCAAGAUUAUUUCUCUAUCUGUACCAAAACGCCUUCAAGCAACGAGAUUAAACAAAAUAAAAUAUACAGACGUAAGGAAUAGACAAUACAGGAUGAGACAACAAUAAUAAUUGCGUGUGUAUUAAGUAACUAAGAAAGAUGAUAAGAAAGGUUUAAGGAAUGAAAAAAGAACAGGAAAAGAGAAUUCGAGUACAGGAAGAAAAGAACGUUAACGCGACUAUAUUGUGAUAUAGAAAAAAAAGAAAAAAAGAAAAAAAAGAGGAAAAAAAAUAAAAGAAAAAAGAAAGAGCUUGCGGCUCUCGCGAAUAGCACUCUCCCUCUCUCUUUCUAACACUCUUUUUCUCUAUCUCUAUUUCUUCGUUUAGCGCGCGCGCGUGUAUGUGCUUUAACACGUCUCGUCGGAAAGAAGUUUCCUUUUUUUAUUUCUCGAUUUUUUUUUUUUUGUGGUCCAAAGGUGUGGAGGGAAGGAAGAAAAAGGAAAAGAAAUAGAAAAAAAGGAAGAAACAAAAGUGCACACGAAAGGAUUUUAGCGAUGUAUAAUUAAAUUGUUUCCAUUAAUACCUAGCCAAGAUUCUUUUAAUGAAUUUGAAACCAUCGUGAGAAUCAUGCUCGAGAAAUAAUAUAAUUUUUAUAGAUCACAAGAAAACUAUAUGUUCCUUGGACGCGUAUGUCCAUUAUUUUUUUAUUUUUAAAUUUCUUUUCUUCUCUUUUAUUUCCUUUUUUUAUUUUUAUUCUUUUUUUUCUUUUAUUUUGGAGGGGAAGGCACAGAGACGCGUAUAUAUAUAUAUAAGGUAUAUAAAUAUAUAUAUAUAUAUAUAUAUAUAAUGUUUUACAACGAUCAAAAUCUUAGCAAUGUAUAUCUCUAGUAUAUAAUAAUCGUUGACAUCGUCGCCUCAUAGGAUAUAUCGGAUGAAGGAAAAGUUAUUAGGAAAAUAAAAAAAAUGGUGAAUAAUGAUAAGAGUGCUUCAAAGUGCUUCGACGGAAUGUAAAUAUUAAUUGUUAGGGGACCGCGUAAAUGUAAUACAUAGAUAUAUACAUAUAUGUAUAUAUAUUUCACAUACAUACAUACAGACAGACAGACAGACAGACAGACAAACAGACAGACAAACAAACAAACAAAAAACAUAUACAGAUCUUCUCAAGCGCCUUAAGUUCAUAGGAGGCACGAGCAAAUAAAUAAUUUCAAUCGCAAUAACGUCGUGUAUCUUUGUUAGAAAACGAAGUGCAUCAUUUUUCGUGAUUCGAUACGGCGAGGAAUCGAAAGGAUCAAUUUCACUAGAACUAUUCGUUCCAGGACUAUUCCUCCUGCACUUCCAAUAAACCUGUCGAUUCCUCUCCGACGACAAUCAUCGAUUUAUAUUUAAGAACGAGCUAUAAGACGCGAAGAUGUUACGUAAGACUUAUCUCGUUAUUAUACUUUCCUUUUUUUUUUUUAUCCAAAAAUUUUUCCAUGUAUCAUAUACCAUAACACUGAAAUUAGUUGUAUCCUUUGGAAAAGAGAAACAAAAAAAGAAAAAAACAAGAAAAGAAAAAAAAAAAGAAAAGAAAAAGAGACAACUAAUUUCUUUCAGACAAAUCUGUCGCAUUAGUUGUUUAUAUGAUAUAUCGGAAAAAACAAAAAAAAACAAAAAAAAUGAAAAUGUUAAAGGUCUAACCAGAA